GCUUCCAACGGAAACCAGCUGAGAGAAAGGGUAGAGAAGACAAGAUGGCGGAGUGAGUGGGUUGCGCUUUCUACAGACGGUUGCGACCCUUGAAGUUGGCUGAAAACGCCUUUAAAGGACUAACACGAUUGAAAAAGCAACAUUACCAUCGGAAGCGUAAUUAGAAGGGCUGUUUUUUGCUACUCGGCACGGAGGAGGUCCGGACAUUUUUCCGCGGCGGUCCUUGCGACAGCGUUAGCUUGAUGCUAACGCUAGCCGACGUUCGUUUUUACUAGCUGCUACUUCGAGCUAGCCGGGUGGUUGUUGAAGGCCGUAAGCUGUUUCGGAUUUAGUUUUGGAUGUGUAUACUUCUAUAGUGACACGGCAUUCCGUGUUUCUUGGAGGUUUUAUUCGAACGAAGAUCCAUUGUAGCCGAUAGCCUAUGAAUAAAGCGAACAAAGUCGGGAGAAAUCCACUUUCCAACUUGCUUUUCACGGUAAUAGUCGAACUAAAUCUUCGGAGUACCGUUUACAGCUAGUCCAUAUUUGCCCUCCUCAUCAACAACAGGACAUACAAGACUCUGUAUGUUCUGCUGACAUUCGACUAGACUGCCACAGAGUUUUCUAAAGUGAAUCGGGUGGAGAUUGUCAUUUGGUGGAUAUUAUGGCGAGCAGCAGUGGCUCCAAGGCCGAAUUCAUAGUCGGUGGAAAAUACAAGCUUGUCAGAAAAAUUGGAUCGGGAUCUUUCGGUGACAUAUAUCUGGCCAUCAACAUCACAAAUGGAGAGGAGGUAGCUGUAAAAUUGGAAUCACAGAAAGCCAGACAUCCACAGCUGUUAUACGAAAGCAAGCUGUACAAAAUCCUCCAAGGUGGUGUCGGGAUUCCACACAUCAGGUGGUAUGGCCAAGAGAAGGACUACAAUGUCCUAGUCAUGGAUCUGCUUGGACCCAGUCUGGAAGACCUCUUCAACUUCUGUUCUCGCCGUUUUACCAUGAAGACGGUCCUUAUGCUGGCAGACCAGAUGAUCAGCAGAAUUGAGUACGUACACACAAAGAACUUCAUCCACAGAGAUAUCAAACCAGACAACUUUCUUAUGGGCAUCGGCCGUCACUGUAACAAGUGUUUAGACUCGUCAGUGGGGAAGAGGAAAAGAAGCUUGGCUGUUAGCUCUUCUCAGGACCCAUCUUUCUCAGGAUUAAACCAGUUGUUCCUUAUUGACUUUGGUUUGGCGAAGAAGUACCGAGACAACCGAACACGACAGCACAUCCCCUACAGAGAAGACAAGAACCUGACUGGCACAGCACGCUAUGCCUCCAUCAAUGCACACCUGGGCAUUGAACAGAGUCGGCGUGAUGACAUGGAGUCGCUAGGCUACGUGCUGAUGUACUUCAACAGAACCAGUUUGCCAUGGCAGGGAUUAAAGGCUGCCACAAAGAAGCAGAAAUAUGAGAAGAUCUCAGAGAAAAAGAUGUCCACCCCUGUUGAGGUCCUGUGUAAGGGUUUCCCAGCAGAGUUCGCUAUGUAUCUGAACUACUGCCGUGGCUUACGCUUUGAGGAGGCUCCAGACUACAUGUAUCUGCGCCAACUGUUCCGCAUCCUUUUCAGGACUCUGAACCACCAGUAUGACUACACAUUUGACUGGACCAUGCUGAAACAGAAAGCAGCCCAGCAGGGGGCCACCUCCGGGGGCCAGGGCCAGCAGGCACAAACCCCCACAGGCAAGCAAACUGACAAACCCAAGCCUAACAUGAAAGGUUUCUGAGAGGUCUCUGCCAGAGCAGAGCUGCAGAAGCGUUGUUGACCAGGACCAACAAGUCUCUUCCUGGACAAGCGACAAACAGAAAGUCUGUCUCUCCUUCCAUAAUAACUAUCUAUGUAAUGGGAAUGUAUAGAUCUACACACGCCUUUGUCAGCUGUGUUAUCUAUAUAUUCAUAUGUGUAUAUAUAAUAAAACUCUGCACUCCGAAAGAAAAGAAGAAUGAAAAAGCAGGUUUUUUUUGGAUGUGGAGGCUGUAGCCCCCUGCCCCCCACCCCAGACACACCUCUCCCAACCAUCCCCGUCUCUGUUCUCCUUUCAGUGUUGACUUUUUGUAAGGUUUCUUUGGGAACUGAAGUUAAGAAGAUAGUCAGCUGACCCUCUAUUUUUCUCCCCCAGUGGAAACAUCUCAAAGCAUCUCCCCCUCCUCACUCAAUUAUUUCACUCUCCUUUUACCAAGCAAAUGUUAAAACAUGUCGAACACAAAACUGUUUUUUCCUUUUUUGUUUCUAAAAUAAUUGAAUGAUGCAACCCUGGAUGUUAUUUACUAAACAAUCAAAUGUUGGAUUUUCUUUUUCUUUUUGUUUUCCUAUGGUGAUUAGGAGUUUGCCUGUUGACACUAUAAGCAGCUGAUGGCAACAGUCAAUGAUAGAAUGAUACUCUGGCUCUCUCCCUCUAGAGCUCUGAAUUAUUAUUAAAUCUGUUGUAAAAUGGUCUUCUCCAAAAAAUACCAAUAAAAACAUUACAUAACUCUGA